UCUGAUACACCCAAUUACUUCUGGAUCGACCUGAUUGGAGAGGAACUCUCCCUAUACCUAAUUACGGGAGUGGUUGUUGCGGUAACCAUGACAGCGUCACUGCUACGCACCAAUCGGCUGUCCUUUGCUGGACUUGCCAUCUUCCUCCUACUUUCUCUGCCUCUUGUCACAUCACAGACCCCAUCAUUCUCAGCGACCUUUGACCCGGAGUCUGUGCCCAAUCUGCCUGAAGAGUGUCAGAGAAAAAUGCACCCUGUUACCUCCUACACAGCUUUGAGUCCGUGGCUGUCGUCUUUCUCUCUGCCUGGAGUGAAUGAUUACACACCCCUGACUCUCGACCUCACCAGAAACCAGCUGAUAGUGGGAGCCAGAAACCAUCUCUUCAGGCUGAGUCUGAGCAACGUCUCUCUUCUGCAGGCAGCGGAAUGGGGUGUCGACGAGACCACCAGGAGAUCCUGCCAGAGCAAAGGAAAGACUGAGGAUGAGUGUCAAAACUACAUCCGUGUCCUUCUGUUGAAUGACAGCCGUUUGUUCACCUGCGGCACUAACGCUUUCAUGCCCAUUUGUACGACGCGUCCCAUCACUGACAUCACAAGCAUUCUGGAUUCUGUCAGCGGAGUGGCCCGCUGUCCAUACGACCCACGGCACAACUCUACAGCUAUGAUAACUGAGAGCGGAGAAGUUUAUGCAGCCACAGUGACCGAUUUCUCCAGCCGGGACCCCAUCGUCUACCGCAGUCUGGGGAACAUGCCACCACUGCGCACCGCCCAGUACAACUCAAAAUGGCUCAAUGAGCCUCAUUUUGUCUCGUCGUAUGAGGUGGGUCGCUUCUCCUACUUCUUCUUGAGAGAGAACGCAGUGGAACAGGAUUGUGGGAAGACGGUGUUCUCUCGCGUUGCUCGUGUGUGUCAGAAUGACGUUGGAGGUCGUUUCUUGCUGGAAGACACCUGGACCACCUUCACGAAGGCUCGACUGAACUGCUCUCGCUCUGGAGAUGUUCCAUUCUACUACCAUGAGCUGCAGAGCACCUUCUACCUGCCCGAACAGGAUCUCAUUUAUGGGGUCUUCACCACCAAUGUGAACAGUAUUGCUGCUUCAGCGGUGUGUGCAUUUAACCUCAGUGCCAUCACACGGGCCUUUAACGGACCCUUCCGUUAUCAGGAGAACCCUCGAACCAGCUGGUUAUCAACUCCAAACCCCAUCCCAAACUUUCAGUGUGGGACAGUAAAUGAUUCAGGUCCGGGUGGUAAUCUAACAGAACGCAGUCUGCAGGAUGCACAGCGGCUCUUCCUCAUGAGUGACGUGGUCCAGCCCAUAUCACCAGAUCCUCUGGUCAUGCAGGACAACAUCCGCUUCUCCAGACUGGCUGUGGACAUCGUCCAGGGGAGAGACUCGCUCUACUACGUCAUGUACAUUGGCACAGAGUACGGCACCAUCAUUAAGGCCUUGUCCACGGCCAAUAAGAGUCUGCGUGGAUGUUACCUAGAGGAGAUUAACAUUCUCCCAGACAAUUUGCAGGAGCCAAUCCUGAACCUUCAGAUCCUGCACAGUGAUAGGUCACUUUUCGUGGGGCUCCAGAGCAGAGUGCUGAAAAUACCACUGGAGAGAUGCUCCAACUACAACACUGAAGAGGACUGCCUGGGUGCCAGGGACCCAUACUGCGGCUGGGACAGGAAACAGAAACGCUGUACGACCAUCGAGGACAGUUCCAACAUGAGCCAGUGGAGCCAAAACAUCACAAAGUGUCCAGAACGGAACCUCACACUAGAUGGUGGCUUUGGUAAUUGGUCACCAUGGCAGCCUUGUAAUCAUGACAAUGGCGGUGAAGGCUCCAGUACUUGUCAGUGUCGAUCACGGUCCUGUGAUAACCCACAACCCCGGUGUGGAGGAAUGAAGUGUGCCGGGGCCAACAUAGAGGUGGCUAACUGCUCCAGGAAUGGAGGCUGGACCCCCUGGUCCUCUUGGGCCGAGUGCAGCACAAGCUGUGGCAUCGGAUUUGAGGUCCGUCAGCGUUCCUGUAACAAUCCAGCACCCCGACAUGGAGGACGAAUGUGUGUGGGUCAGGCACGAGAGGAGAGAUUGUGUAACGAAAAAAAUCCAUGUCCGGUUCCGGUAUCGUGGGUCUCAUGGAGCUCUUGGUCCAAGUGUAGCGUUGCAUGUGGUGGUGGAGUCCAGUCUCGCAUUCGAACCUGCGAGAACGGCAACACGUGUCCUGGUUGCCCGCUGGAGUAUAAGGCAUGUAAUUUGGACGAAUGUGCAGAGGUGAGGCGAACCACGCCUUGGACGCCCUGGUACCCUGUUAAUGUGACCCAAACAGGGGCGAGACAGGAGCAGAGGUUGAGGUAUACCUGUCGGGCUCUCCUUGCCGACCCUCACGACCUACAGCUCGGCAAACGCAAGCUGGAGACGCGACUCUGCCCCACCACUGAUGGAGCUACUGUUUGUGAGACUGACGGUCUGGUUGAGGACUUGUUGAGAAUGGGUCGACCUGUUACACGAGUGAAAGGAGCUGCCUGGUCUUCGUGGGAAACAUGGUCUACAUGUUCUAAGGAGUGUUCCAAGGGCUUCCGAACACGCAAGCGCUCCUGUGGCACGCCAGAUAGGAAGAGCACUCCGUUUGCCUGCAGCGGGAUGCCAGUCGAGUAUCAAGACUGCAACAUUCAGCCAUGCCCAGUGAAGGGGGCAUGGUCUUGCUGGUCAUCCUGGUCUCAAUGUUCGACUUCCUGUGGGGGUGGGCACUACCAGCGCUCUCGUACCUGCUCUAACCCCACCCCUGCUCAUUCGGGGGAUAUAUGCAUUGGCUUACACAUGGAGGAAGCUCUUUGCAAUACACGUGAGUGUGAAGGUGGAUGGGGGGUGUGGUCAGAGUGUAACGAGGAGGGGCUUCAGCUUCGUAGUCGUGCAUGUGAAAUAAACCCCGCCUCUUGUCAAGGAAAUAUCACAGACCAGAGAGUGUGUCAGCCCAAUGAGAGCUCAGUGUUCACGACAGGACAGAAGAGCACUAACUGUGGAGGGUUCUCUCUGUUUCACUUGGUGCUGACUGGAGUUUGUUGUUUUCUGGGAGCCGUUCUCCUGUCUCUUCUGGUGUAUGUGUACUGUCAAAGACUCCAUAAACCUCCCCAAGAAUCUGCAGUGAUUCAUCCCAGCACCCCCAAUCACCUGCACUAUAAAGAAAACAGCUGUGCGGCCAAGAACGACCUGUACACACCCAUGGAGUUCAAGACUCUGAAUAAGAAUAACCUGCUUCCGCCAGAUGAAAGCUGCAACUUCUUUCCUACGCCUUUGCCACAGACCAACGUCUAUGCCACCACAUACUACCCCUCUCCUCUUGGCAAAUAUGACUUUCCAUCUUUGGAUUCACCUUGCAGCUACAUGCACAGUUGAUCCGCACACACACACUAACACACAUUUUAUGCUUGUUUGUUUGUGUAUGUGUGACAAUGGUUACACACCCACAUCUGUCCACAUAGAUGCAUCGGAAAACGAAUGGACAUACAGGUCGCAUGUGCAAUCAGCAUCUCAAACAAAAAGAUGCAGAAACUGAGUGGCGUGCAGAUACAAGGGACCCAAUGUAGUUUUCUAGUUGCAUUUCCUUUUAAAGUGGAAGUCAAUGUUCAAUUGAUCACAUGCGUUGCAAUAAUUGCAGCCUAACACUCACUGAGCAUGCGGCACACUUGUUCAAGUUUUACAUUUAUGCAUUUGAUAUACGCUUUUUUCCAAAGUGAAUUGGAUAAUAUGUGCAUUUUGCACACUCUCUGGGAUUCGAACCCAUGACCAUGGCCUUCCUAGUUUGAUGCUCUACCAGUUGAGCUACAGGAACAAGCAAAAUGGGACAAGAGUCAAAUUCAAACAGUACAGAUUACUGGAUGCAAAGGAGUCUUCCGGUGAAAUUUGUUGUUUUUUCUAGCUUGGUUUGUGUGAGGGAACCAAUGAAACACAGAACUCAAUUUAGAACUCAAAAGAGUCUGUGAAGGAUGAAGGAUUCCAGACAUCUGUGACAUCACACGAUAUGCGUGAACAUCUGUUUCACCUUGUUUUUGUACUGGUUUAUGUCCUUUUUCUGCUCAAGAGCUCAAGAAAUUUCAGUAUUACUGGUUAAUACUCGUCAUACUGGUUAACGUUAUGCAGGUGAGCCUGUGAAAGUAUGAAAAUGAACAGGGGCUGAUGGAUUCAUAAAACAGGUUGUUUAAUAAUAUACUUUAUUCUAGGAGCUUUUUCACAUGAUAUAUAUAUAUAUAUGGCUUUGCUCUUUUUUUCUUUUUUUUUAUGAAAUGUCAGUUUUUCAGUUAAUGUCAUUAUGGUUGCAAUCAAACCUGACCAUGGUGUUACAAGACACAGAUUAUGCAUUUUUCCACAAAUAAUUUAUAUAAAACAUAAAAAGUUAAUAACUCAUAAAUGCAUAAUAAUGUCAAGAAAUGAACAUCAAGAAACAGAAAUUAACUGCAAAAAUCUGAUUCCAGUACAGUAUAAAACAGAAGAAUCAGAGUUUAUAUAGUAAAAAUUUAUUUAGCAAACGUGAGUGAGUGUGUGUGUGUGUGUGUGUGUGUGUGUGUGUCAGAUUGCUGUCAUCAACUAGAAAACAACAGAUCACUUGUAAUGCCGACAAUGACCAAAAGAUGGCUGUAGAGCUUCACUUAUUGAUGCCCUGGUUCUCUCUCUCUCUCUCUGUCUGUGUGUGCGCGUGCGUGUUUGUUCUGCGUUGUGAUCAUCUCACCCCUUCAUUUCUGAGUGUGUGUUUAGCAUUGUGACUGAUUUUGUAUGAUUUUGACAAAUGUAGAAAAAUAAUGCUCUGUGUUAUAGUCUCACCAGUUCAUUUUUGUGUGUGUGUAAGUGUGUUUGUGUAUGUGUGUAUGUUUCGCACUGAUGAUGUUUUAAAGUCUCACCCUGUAAUUUCUGUCUGUUUUUUUGGUCUAUGCCAUUCAUUUUCAAUGGUCGGUCAGUUUUGGUCACGAAUACCGAAGGUGUCGAUUUUUUUUUACAACCAUUUUGACUUAUUUAAUCAAGGUUUUAUUUUUUUUUUUGUAUGUUCAAAUGGCAAAUGGAGGAAAAGUCACCAAGUCUUGAACUGCUCAGAUAAAGAAAACCCUUUUUAUUAAAUGAGGAAAAUGUAUUAUUACCGAAUACCAUAGGAGGGUUGACCCAAAAAUAAAGAUGUUGUCAUAAUUUACUCACCAUGUCGUUCCAAACUUGUAUGACUUUCUUCUGUGUACAAGGGCGUAGAUUUAUUUCCA